CAUGGAUAGAAUUAUUAUCAAGGGACAGUCUAAUUUGAACGGUAGAAUUAGCGUUGCCAAAUCUAAAAGUUCUUCUCUCGCUCUUAUGGCGGCUAGUGUACUUUCCAACGAACCGAUAACUCUGAUCAAUCUACCUAGAAUACAUGAUAUUUCGGUCAUGAAGGGUCUGCUAGAAAGCGUUGGCGUCGUUAUCGAAGAGCAGGGAGAAUCAACAACCUUUAACGCCUCUAAUCUCGUUACGAACGAAAUCUCAACUGACGCGACCUGGGCGUCUAUUUAUCUACUAGGUCCUCUGCUGGCCCGCACUGGAAUUGUGAAAAUUCACCGUCCCGGAGGUGGUGCGGUAGCUAAUAGAGAUGUUGAUCUAACUUUAAACAAUAUGGAAAAUAUGGGCGCCAACGUUUACAUGGAAAAUGCUUACGUUAAAGCCACCGCCACCAGGAUUGUUGGCAAGAAUAUUGCGCAACAUUUUCCGUCGGUUGCCGCUACGUUUAACACAAUCAUAACCGCAAUGAUCGCCGACGGCAGGACUGUCUUGGAAAAUGCGGCAAAGGAUCCGGAAAUAGUCGACCUGGUAGCCUUUUUAAACCUCAUGGGAGGGGUAAUUCAGGGAUCGGGUAUGGAUAAAAUUAUCGUCGAUGGAACGUCAAUAAAACAACUGAAAGGCGUCGAAUACGAACCAAUACCAGAUUAUAUAGAGGCAACGGCGUUUAUCGUUAGUGGACUGAUUACUCAGUCGGAAAUAACAAUAGACGAAAUUGACCCUAGCCAUUUGCUACCAAUAACAAAGUUCCUGUUGAAAAUUGGCGCAAAGUUUACAAUAGGCACCGACUACAUACGAACGUAUAGGAAAAAGAUAUUUAGCGGUAAUUUAGAGACGGCUCCCUAUCCCGGCUUUCCAUCCAACGCCCAACCCCUUCUCCUUGCACUCCUCACUCAGGCUCAGGGAAAGUCGAUAAUAACUGAGAAUAUAAACGAAAAUAGAUUUCACGUAGUAGCCGAAAUGAGGCGGUUAGGCGCCGAUAUAGAAUUGGAGGAGAAGAGAGCGUUGGUAAACAAUUCCAAGUUGACAGGAGGAAAAGUCUAUUGCGAGAAUAGUAUAGACGGUAUGGCGUUAGUUUUAGCCUCGUUGGCGGUCAAUGGAGAGACGACUAUCGAAAAUGUAGAAAUUUUGAAAAGAGGAUUUCAAGAUGUGAUUGAUAAAUUUCAAGAUUUAGGUGCCGAUAUAAGGAUUGUUUAA